CGGCUCUGAUUGGUUAGAACGCGCCAUCGCUUCUGAUUGGCCGGGCCCACUGCCAUCCCAGGGUUCUUUGCGGCUCCACUUCCUUUCCGCCGGCCGUUCUCCUUCGGAGAAGGCCCGUAGGCAGCAGCCAUGGCGCCCAGCCGAAAUGGCAUGAUCCUAAAGCCCCACUUCCACAAGGACUGGCAGCGGCGCGUUGCCACGUGGUUUAACCAGCCGGCGCGGAAGAUCCGCAGACGCAAGGCCCGGCAAGCCAAAGCGCGCCGCAUCGCCCCGCGCCCUGCCUCCGGACCCAUCCGACCCAUCGUGAGGUGCCCCACCGUGAGGUACCACACCAAAGUGCGAGCCGGCAGGGGCUUCAGCUUGGAAGAGUUGCGGGUGGCCGGCAUCCACAAAAAGGUGGCCCGGACCAUUGGGAUCUCGGUGGAUCCGCGGCGGCGGAACAAGUCCACCGAGUCCCUGCAGGCCAACGUGCAGCGGCUGAAGGAGUACCGCUCCAAGCUCAUCCUCUUCCCCAGGAAGCCGUCGGCCCCCAAGAAGGGAGACAGUUCUGCUGAAGAACUCAAAUUGGCCACCCAGCUGACCGGACCAGUCAUGCCCAUACGGAAUGUCUACAAGAAGGAGAAAGCCAGGGUCAUCACAGAGGAGGAGAAGAACUUCAAGGCUUUUGCCAGUCUUCGCAUGGCCCGUGCCAAUGCCCGGCUCUUUGGCAUCCGGGCAAAAAGAGCCAAAGAAGCUAUAGAACAGGAUGUUGAAAAGAAAAAAUAAAGUGCUGUUGGCAACUUGUGAUAAA